CCCAGCCCAACGACGCCUCGCGGACGCGGACGGCGCGGAGCCAGAGAGGCCUCGCGUUCGCUGGGAAGCCGAAGGCCGUAGAGCACAGGGGUUCUGGACUUGUAGAGCACGGCGGCGCGGCAUGAGGGGCUUCCUCUUUGCGCUGGUCCGCGCGGCACGGUCGCGGUCGAGAGCGGAGCUCCAGACCGUGCAGCGCCGCCGGCCGUCGGAUCUCGCCCAGCGUUUCUCCCACUCCGCGGCGGCCCCGGAGAGGCCGUCCUUCGGCAUCGCUUUCGACAUCGACGGGGUCAUCCUGCGCGGCCGCAGCCCGAUCGGGGGGGCGCCACGCGCCAUCCGCCGCCUCUACUCCGAAGACGGUACCCUGAAGAUUCCGUUUCUGUUUCUGACUAACGGAGGAGGUGUUCCAGAGCACAGAAGGGCUCUUGAGCUAAGCCAACUUUUAGGGGUUAGCAUUUCACCAACACAGGUCGUGCAUGGCCAUUCUCCUUACAGAGAGCUGGUAGAUCGUUUUGAAAAUGACCUUAUUGUUGCUGUUGGAAAAGGAGAGCCUGCAGUAGUGAUGUCUGAGUACGGAUUUAGAAAAGUUCUAUCCAUAGACGAAUAUGCAUCGUAUUUUAAAGAUAUUGACCCCCUGGCUCCUUUCAAGACUUGGAAAGUUGAUCAGGAAACAAACAAUUACAUGUCUGCAAAAGUGCACCCAUCAUAUGAUGUUUAUUCAGAGCGAGUUAAAGGAGUGUUUGUUGUCAGCGAUCCUGUUGACUGGGGAAGAGAUCUACAGGUACUUUGUGACAUCUUGUCCACUGGUGGACUUCCUGGAAGUGGAAAAGGGGAUCAACCUCCUUUGUAUUUUGCAGCUGAUGAUCUUGAAUACCAGGCAGCAUUUCCUUCUGAACGGCUUGGGAUGGGUGCCUUCAGGAUAGCAUUGGAAAGUAUCUUCAAUCAAAUAAAUGAUCAUCCACUGAAGUAUACAUCUUAUGGGAAACCAAAUCCAUUUGUGUUCAAGAAUGCAGCAACCAUACUUGAAAAGCUUGUUAUGAGUAUGUAUCCUAAUUCACAGACAUCAAAGGAAGUAAAAGAUUGUCAGUUUUCAACUAUCUACAUGGUUGGUGACAAUCCUGAAGUUGAUAUCAAUGGAGCUUCGAAGGCUGGCCACCCAUGGUCGUCUGUUCUUACAAGAACGGGUGUUUUUAGGGGAAACGAUAAUGAUCCACAGUUUCCUGCAGAUACGGUUGUUGAUACCGUUGAAGAUGCCAUCAACUAUAUUUUGGAGAAGGAAUGUAUACGGUGACAAUACCAUCUAUGCUCCUUUGACCAUUGUUAUUUGGCGUGCUUGACAACAUGUACAGCCAAGAGCCAAUUUCCUUUUUCUGUCUAGUAAAUUUGGAAUAAUCGUCGGCUGGAGGUUGAUAUCUUAUUCAUUCUACUAACAAAUACACGGUGGUGACAUCAGGCCAUACUCUUGCCAAUCUUUUUGGUGGCUGAAGAGGCUAAUUUAUUAUGUAUAAAAAGAUCAAAAGCUCGUUGCUGUGGGGCUGAAACUGAAAUGCAACUCGAUUGUAAUAGAUGUUCUUGUUUACAUGCA